AUGGUCCUCAUGCAGUUCUUUGAACGAGAUGAUUCGAAACCGAUUGACACGAGCAUACAGAAAUGGAAUACAGCAACACAGGCACUAUGCAUUUCUGCAAUGACUCUAUUCUUUGCAAUGCGGGCAUAUACUCGGGUGUUUCUUCUCAAUGGCUUCACCAAAGAAGACUGUGAGUUUACUACGUCUCCGGACAAGCCAGUGGGCAAGCACGGAGGAGGACUUCAUAUGAAAGACGUACCCUACCAUGAUCAAAUUGUCUUUAAAAAGACCGUCUAUGUCACCAUGGUCAUGUACGGGCCAACCGCAUACCUAACCAAAGUCUCGCUACUAUGGAUCAUGACCAGAGUCUUCAGCCCAUUCCGCAAAGCCGUUACGUUCAUCUACAUCUUCCUCGCUAUCAUGCUUGCCUACUACAUCCCAGCCGUCAUCGUCAAGAUACGGAUCUGCUACCCGAUCGCUAAAUUCUGGCUACCCGGUCGUCCGGGGUCAUGUCUAGAUCAGCGAGCGAUUAUUAUGGCAGACGCAGUCGUCAGUGUAGUCAGCGACUUGAUUAUCCUCAUUCUCCCCUUACCCUUAACUCUGGGUCUACAAUUGCCAAUGUGGAAGAAGAUGCGAGUCAUGGGUAUUCUCGGCGCAGGAGGGCUCGCAUGUGCGUCUAGUAUCAUCCGUCUCAUCUUGAUUGUCUACACGGGCCAAUCGAAAGAUGAAACUAGGGCUUUCAUGCGCAUUAACAUGUUUGGCAACGCCGAAAUUGCCAUCGGCGUUAUCUGUGCCUGCCUUCCCGCCCUUUCUGCCAUCCUCUCCCGCGUCUACCACGAAUACUCCAACAGCAACAAAGCUACCCGCGAAACCUCUGCCCGCGAGCUGAGCAGAAUGAAAGGCCAAACCCGAAGCGCGAAGACCGACAGGAGCAGAAGCCGGUUGAGUUAUAUUGAGAUGACCUCCGAUCAAGAUAUCUUGGUACAUAAUGCACAAAGCCAGCCGAAGGUUGAAACCACCGUUCAUGGAGACAGAAAUUAUGGAGGAAACCCCGGUGGGUCGCUCGCCAUCUUCAAGACGGUUGACGUUGAGACUUCUGUGACGAGGAGAGAGUAG